GACACUUACGUCAACCCAUUCUCGAUGCAACUCUUGGGCCCCUAUUAUAUCACACUCGCGGUCGAAGGUUUCGUACUGUUCUUCGCGAAUCUAAUCUUCGAGUUGUUCUCGUUCUCCACGUAUAAGACAAAGACAAUCAUCAAAUCGAUUGUCCACAACGAGGACUCGGAUGUGGCCGAAGAGCGCAAGAAAGUGCACCUCAACGACACCAGCAGUGAUAUACUGAAGAUCGUUGGCGUCACCAAAGCGUUUCAAUCCAUGUUUGGUAAGCGAGUGGCCGUCGAUAACGUCAGCUUUUCGGUGCCGAGAGGAGAGUGUUUCGGUCUGUUGGGUGUGAACGGCGCCGGAAAGACCACUUUAUUCCGGAUACUGACCGGUCAAGAGAAGCCGACCACCGGUCAGGCGGAGAUCAACGGACGCGAUAUACGCCAAAUCCUGUCGUCAGAUCAUCAGUCCCUCGGCUACUGUCCACAGGGAGACGCUCUGGACUUUGUGCUCACGCCUUACGAA